AUGCAGGUGCCCGAGACAGCAGUGCCACGAGCAAUGGCCUCACCUCCAGAUAUCAUCACCAAGGCAUUUACUACUACAGUCCACUGGACUACUACCCUUCCAAAGCACGUUCAAAUAGUUUUCAUGAAGCAAAAUGUUCUUUCGCUGAGCAACGAUAGUCGCACACUACUCUUCUUCACUGUUGGCGGAAGUUAG